AUGGCAACACCGCAGCCAACGUCUGUCCCUGAGGUUGGAAAGCUCGUCAGCGUGGUGCCGGUCGGGCUCAAAGAGGCAGCCCUCGACUCUCCCACCUUCCGUUCGACCACCCUCCAUUUCGGAGAUCAGCUCGAUUAUAUAGAACGAUGGCUGGAUGGAUACUCCAGGGCAGCUACCCGGCUCGCGUCGGAGAUGACGGGCUUUGAGCAAGCCCUGGGGUUUUUCUUGUCCUACACAACCAACCCCAUCAAUGUGUCCGAGGCGAUUUUGGACCAUGACUAUACGGUGCUGGCUAUAAAGCGACAUGGGGACUGCAUGAAGGAAAUUUGGGGGUCACUGGCUGGAACGCUCAAAAGGCUAGACCGCCUGGUUGCCGAUCCAAUCAAGACCUUUAUCCAAACCGAUUUGCGCAAUUUCAAGCAGACUCGACGCAUAUUGGACGACUCCCAGAAGCACUAUGAUCACCUUUUGGCGAGAUAUUCAGGUCAGGGCAAGUCCAAGGAACCAUCCGCUUUGAGAGAAGAUGCAUUUCAGCUGCACGAAGCCCGGAAGGCAUAUCUCAAAGCUUCCAUGGAAUUUUCAAUACAAAGCCCCCAGGUCCGAAAUACCCUCGAUAAACUUUUGGUUGGCACUUCCUUUGACCAAUGGCGGGAGAUCAAAGGGCUAUACGAUGGGAAUGCCUCGGCCUUUGCAAAAUGGGGCCAGGAAAUGGAACGUAUCAAGGGCUGGGUGCAUGAAAUGGAGAACAGCGAGAGAUAUUCGCUCAAAGAACUGCUGACUGCCCGCAAACAGAUUGAAGAUAUUGCCGAGGUGGCUGCCCGGCCUUCUCGUGAAUUGGAGGAUUACUCCAUUUCUACCGUACCUUACCUUGGUCAAGGCAUUUCGCUAAAAUCCAAAGAUGAUAAACCUUUUAAGCCGGAGAAGCAAGGCUGGGUCUAUCUCAAAACAAUCACUGGAAAACCAUCUAGAACUGUUUGGAUACGGCGCUGGGCUUUCUUGAAAAAUGGAAUCUUUGGCUGCCUAGUGCAGAGCUCAAGGACUGGUGGAGUUGAAGAGACUGAACGAAUCGGUGUCUUGCUUUGUAGCAUACGGCCUGCCUUUCAAGAAGAGCGUCGGUUCUGUUUCGAGGUCAAAACCAAGAAAAAUGCCAUCACAAUGCAAGCUGAACACCAGCAAGAUCUGAUCGACUGGAUAGGCGCGUUUGAGGCAUCAAAACAAAAAGCCUUGGAGAACCCGGCCAGUUCUGUAGCCGGAAAGCCAGCUGUUCAAGACCCAGCCUUCUCCAUCUCUCAUCCUCCAGCCCCCGAAUUUGCGGCAUCCGAAAGUUCGGAAUUCUUGACAUCGCCUUCUGCCGACGAUCCCUCGUCUGCCGACCGGUCGCCUAUGCUGUCUCUCCCAGACCGGGAUGCCUCGGCAUACAGAACUAGUGGUGAUUAUACCAGCUCGAGGCGCUCAACUGGGCCGGACGCUGAGAACGGGCACGGACGAGAUCAUGCAUCGCGAAUCAUCCAUAAAUUAGAUAUUCACAGGAAAUCAAACGCAGCAAGCCCACAGUCUCCUCCAAACAUCACCAGUGGCAGCGGAAUUGCUGGACUUAUUUCGGCUAGCCACAGCCUAUUGCCGUAUAGCCCUGGCUUGGUGCCUGGACGUUCGGAAGAAACCGAUGAGAGCAAAACUCGAGAUGACCCAGCAAAUUCACUGGCGCCUUCUACCUUGGCAAACCCUCCGGCCCCGACGAGUAUGAGCAAAGUGGCGGUUUUCGUUAGCAAUGAGCGCGGUAUUGGCGUUGGACUUGCAGAUUCCACAGGUGGAAUGCCCAGUGGCAUGAUGGCGAACCUGUGGGGCAGUGCCAACUGGGGGUUUGUCAAUACUUUCCAACGGGACAGCAUUCGAUUACGAGAUGCGAAAACCUCGGACGAUGAAAAUGUCUCUUCAGAGUCCUCGAAAUCUCCAGUCACGGACAGCAAGGACACAGAAGCAGCCGUACCUGGUGCUCAGCAACCACGACAUAGGCAGACAGUUAGCCUUGAUGGUGGAGAUCCGACCAAAAUACAGAGAAGCAUAGUUAGUUGUACCAACUACGAAUAUCCGAGUUUCUUUCCGACUCGCCUACGCAUCCAAGAUGCCCAAUUCCGUCUCUUGUUCCCCAAUGUCAAGAGAGAGGAGAGUCUUAUCAUGGUUUUCAGGGCUACAUGGAAUCCAAAUGAUAACCAAGAGUUCCCCGGUCGUGCUUUUGUGACUACUCGAAACAUUUAUUUCUACAGUCACCAUUUUGGACUCGUUUUGACGAUGAGUGCCCCGCUCAGUGGCAUCUCCGAGGUUACUGCGGCCAGUGGAAGGGAUUGCGAUUUCUUGUUCCUUCACAACGUACCAUACCCCGGUGAUGAGUCGGCACGUCGUGUCACUGUCAAGACAUUUUUGGAGCCACUGCGACUAUUGCAAAAGAGACUCAAUUACUUGAUCAAGGCUGCCGUAUCUGAUGACCCUCCGGACCUGGAGUCCAUUUACAAGGCAUUGAUCAAGAUGGAGACAGAUGCCAUAGCAAGAUCGGUUAGCAUGGAAAGCUGGGAAGAGAUCUCCUUGGAUGUGCCACAAGACGGAAGGUCCUUUAGUGGUGCAGGGGUUAGUAGUAAGAGAACAAAGGAUAUCAGGAUUCCUGUCUAUGUGGAGAAAGACUUGAAUCUGGAUUUGGAACGAUCUUCUUUGGGCAGAGAUUUCCAGAAGUUCAAACUGCCGAAUCAGCCUGUACAGUAUGUCCCGCAAGGUAACCUCCACCUGGGUGCCGAGAAAGUGUUCGACAUCAGCCCUAAAGCGCUUUUCCACGUUCUCUUUGGGGACAAGAGUGUACUCUGGCAGCUUCUGUUGCACGAGAGGAUGGCUCAAGGAAUCAAACAGGGGCCGUGGAAGAUACUGGAUUCGGGCCACAUGAGACGAGACUUUGAAUACUUUAUCGAAAGGGCGGAUAUAUUCGGACGAGUGAGCAAAACAAACGUCUCGGAUUACCAAAUCAUCGAUGUUCUCAACGACCAUCUGUGCUAUGUUGUCACAGAUAAACGAACCCCCUGGCAUCUCCCUUUCCGGCGUAACUUUCGGCUGGUCAGCAAGAUUGUUAUUACAUUUGUUUCAAAGUCAAAGUGUAAAUUGGCGAUUUAUCACAAAGUCGAGUGGCUUUGGUCGCCUUUUCUUUUGAAUAGGGUGAUUGACCGACAGGCAAUGAAUGAUCUCAAGCAGGAUUCCUUGGAUCUGCUUGAUCUCAUCAGCGACCAGGUCCGAAAACUUGGUCCUCGGAGCAGGACAAAGCGAGCUAUUGCGAUCUUUGGGCUUAUUGGGCAUGCCACCAACAUCUUCCAGUUCUCUUCUGCCGAGAGCUCCGCUCUUAACCAAGCACGCAACUCGAGAAAACAGAGGUCUUUGGUCUGGUUGUUACUGGACUCUACAGGCUCUUUCCUGGAAAGCGCCGUGUCUUCGCUAAUGAUCUGGUCAUUCGCACUUCUUCGAUGGGGUUGGAAGACUUGCACCGCUAAUGGGUUGAUUCUUUCAUUACUUUUUUCCAGUCUGUUAAUUAAUGGGUUCUAUUCUUCGCGCGACACCUACGACUGGUGGCACGAACGCAAUGCCGCCAAAUUCCUCUCUCGGUUGGGAAUCCACUCCGACCAUGUCAUGAGCAAGGCCGUGUUUGUUCACGAUCUUGAUCAAGCAAUGCUUAAUACAACCACCGGGUGGCAUCCAAACGAUAACUCGAGCAGCAGCCAUUGCUUUGCAACAUUCCAUGAGCAGACUCUGCUAGACAGUGGCACGUCUCUUGUGCUCCAAAAAGGUACUCCUUCUCCAUCCGACGACACCUUGGAGAAAAGCGCCGCUCGACGUGUUCAGCGCACUCGUCAGCGACUAGGAAUUUAUCGCCACGACCUCCUUGUGGCCAUGCGAGUGCUGAACAGCAUUGAAAAGGAAGUACUGAAGAGUGAAUGGGAGCGAUGGCUCGGCAAGGAGACGGAGCGGUGCGAACAAAUCGCAACAUUGCUGCAUGCCGAUGCAGGCGAGUCUGAUCUAAACACAAAUGCGUUUGCGGGUCGAGAGGAGGAUGUGAAGCAUUGGUAUGAGCAGUACUGUAUGAGUUGCCAGGAGGAACUUCAGAGGUGGAACUCGAACCAGGCUUAA